CUGCACGGUACAUCUUAUAUCUACCUCCUUGCUAGGCAGCAGGCGGAUGCCUUAAUAUCUUGUUGAAGAUAAAACUGAUCCACAAGUGUAUAGGUUCAUUAACUUUUGUUCAAAUAGCUUCCCGAAAUAUUGAAUCAAUCAUGGUACGAGGAGUCGGCCAGUUUCUGAAGUUUUCCCGGAAGAGGACGCUGGACGAAACGCCACCGCCACCGCCAGCGUCCGUGCUAAUUGAUCCUGCGCGCCGCAAGACGGAGCAGAGGGUACCGCUCGCUCACGAGAUUCUAGACCACCCGGACUCGAUUGACUCUCAGUUGCAAUCCCCUCUCUUCGGAAAGCUCCCCAGAGAGCUGCGCGACCUGAUUUGGCGCUUCUCUCUAACGCGAUACGAAGAUCUCGACCGCCUCUACGAUAUCCGGAAGCCCUAUGCUAGGCCCGGGCAAGCUGCCCCGCUACGGGUAGCUGUCCAGCUGCUUCGAACGUGCCGGGCUGUAUACGUCGAAGCCUUUCUUACGCCCUUCCAAGUCAACCCGAUAAUGAUAUUCCACGGCGACGAUAACGAUAUUCCUCCGGGUAUCCCGCUCAUGCGCACGACGGAGAAUCAAUUUCUAUGCAGGAAGCUAAGAUUCUGGCAAUUUGCAAAUAUAUCAUCCGUCGAGACGACACUGCAGCAGAUACACUUGGAAGGUGGCGGACUCGAGCGAGUGUCUCGUCUGGUCGGAACGAUAGGUCGGCACCACGGGCAUGAGAGUAGAGGCUACGCGGUUACAGGUUACGCGUGUUUUGUGUCGCCUACUGAGCCUGGCAGAAGCACUAGCGCGGUCGACUCGAAGGAAGAAUAUAAUAGCCAACUGUCAUCUCUACCGAACCCACUUAUCGGUAGAAAAAUUACUCGUUUAUCUAUCCGCAUGUCUCGCACCGACUGGUGGGGUUGGGAGAGUAGGCCCGAGGAGAGUGAAGUAUCUCCUUCGGAGAGACUCCGUCUAGAACCUAUGAUCAACGUCACAGACCUCUGGAAGAGACCUGCCAACUACUUAGCCAUGACGAGAGGAUACGAGGCGCGGAAGGCAGGUGACGAGCCUGACUUCCAACUGGACGAUUUUGAAAAGCAGGGGCGCUGGGGUUCUCAGAUAAGAGAGUAUUGGCCAGACCUCACAACGCUCGAGCUUGUUCUGGAGACGUUUUCGUGCAAGAAGAAUCAGCUGGAUCAUGUCGUGCAGUGUGCUAAACUGUGGACGUUUCCAGUAGAGGACGGAUUCCACCUUGUGUGGGAUGGUAAAGAAGAACUAAUCCGAUGGCGCGGUGCCCAGUCUUACAAGUACGAGCAUCGAGACUGGUUUAGGGUCCAUAACGUACCUCGAGAUACCGAAGCGCAGAGUUCACCAGCGAUUCAAUGGAGGCCCUCUCGAGGCAAUGGCGGGGGUGAUACCAAUAGCCAGGAAUUCAUUAUCCAGACAUUGACUUUUGAGCGGAAAAGAGUUGGGGACCAUGUCGACGCGGACAGAGCUUAAACGUUGUGUGAGAGUAGGGGAAUUUGGGUUGAGCUCAGGGGCUGAGGUGAAAUUUCUAUCCAACUUUGAUCGCCGGUGUCUAAAAUCCAGUAGACAUAAUAUGUCAUUUAUGAAGCUUUAGUGGCGUUAUUCGUUUGCUACUCUUUUACGGCCUGGUGUUAUUCUAUGUAUAGUGUUACGAUACUAAUACUCAGGCAAUUCGACACAUCUAGCCUUACUAAGUGUGCUCUCUAUAGACUAUAGUGUAGUGCCUAAUCAGCUAAGUUAGGUGUCUACCUAGGUACCUAGGUAUAAGGUGAUUUCUCCAAUUACCUAAUCAUAACUCGUACUUAUGUACUACCUUAAGUGAUCCACACACUGUUAGGUAUACACACUUACAUCGUUGAUAUCGGGGUAUACAUGACCGAUCGUAUAUACAUAGUACGUAACACAAUUUAUAUUAUUUCUACUCCAAGAUGUCGCCUAUUAAAAUACGUAAGCAAGCCUUAAUACCGAAUUAAGCAUGACCUCAUGAAGCAACACAGCAAUGAUACAAAAUUCAAAGACUGCCGUACCUGAUCUGGCUUAUUCCGCCGAGGCUGCGAGGGUAACUAUCAC